AUGCCCACAGCGUCUCGACGACCAGUAUCUCUACCAGCCAAAGUCACCUCUCUUAAACUACGAUGUACCGAAUUCGACGAAGGCGGUGCUAUCAAUACGACUGCGGGCGAAUUUCUAAAAUCGGAUUUCUGUCAGACCCACUCUAUAUUACCUCGGGAUUUACGAACGCUUGAUACCUAUUCUUACUAUCAGAAGCCUUCCAUUCUUGUACGUUCGAACGCUAUCCUAGUUAAUAUGGCGCAUAUAAGAGCACUCUUGAAAAGCGACAAGGUGAUUCUUUUCGACGCCUAUGGAUCGUCCGACAGUUACAACCAAAAUCUGUUCAUCUGCGAUUUGCAAGAGCGACUCGCUUCGGCAAAAGAAGGACUGCCGUUUGAAUUUCGGGCUCUGGAAGCGAUUCUGAUCAGCGUAUCGUCGUCCUUACAAUCCGAAUUUGAAGUGUUGGAAGGACCUGUCAACAAACUGCUCAGCGAUUUGGAAGAUCUGGCUGAUAUCGAGGAAUCGGUGAAUGGCGAUCGUUUGCGAGAUUUAUUACAGUAUUCCAAAAAACUGUCAAAGUUCGAGCAAGAUGCGCUUUCCAUCCGCGAUGCGAUUGAUGAAAUACUGGAGCAUGACGAGGAUCUGGCGGCCAUGUAUUUGACUGCAAAAAAGGCAGGCAAAUCCCGGGCACCAUCCGAUCAUGAGGAAGUCGAGUUGUUGUUGGAGGCCUACUUUAAACAAACGGAAGAAAUUGCCGCAAAAGCGUCCGCUUUAAGGUCACACAUGCGUGCCACCGAGGAUAUCGUACAGAUUAUUCUUGAUGUUUCCCGAAAUUCUUUAAUGUGGUUCGAUAUCCGUCUCACGAUUGUCACCUUAUCCGCCACCAUCGUCAGCGGUUACGGUGCCCUCUUCGGCAUGAAUCUCAAAAACUAUUUCGAAACCGAUCCGUUUGCGUUUGGCCUUGUGUCUGGGAUUGCCGUAGUCUCUGGAUUUGGUGCCUUUGCCGUUUCCUUGAGAAAGCUAAGGAAAUUAUCAAAAUUCACAGGCUAA